AUGGCAAAACUCACUGACGUUGCCGACUACGAUGCCGACGAAACGUCCGGGAAUGUGCCCCGUCCAUGGUCCGGCUUUGGAAAGGAUUAUACAUACAAUGGACUCCGGACAAGGUGCGUUUCUCUAAGUUUUCCUACCAAUAUGACCAACUUGCGAAAACAAGGUCAAACAACUUUCAUUCCAAUAUUGUUUAAUUUUGGAAUGACAUUGGUUAUACUUUGGUACUUGGACGCUUUCUGA